CUUGCUGCAGCAUGUUGUGCAUUUCAAGAAGAUAUAAAUAAAGGAUCUUGGUGUUCUCUUUGUACUUUGAAGGUUAGUUUUAAGGAGAAACAGAGAUGAUGGGUAGUGAGAAUAAUUAUGUAUCAGAUGAAUUGUUGGGAACAUUUUUACCAAUAGUUGUAUAUUGGGUAUAUUCAGGAUUGUAUUCAAUGCUUGGGGGUAUGGAUAAUUAUAGGUUACAUUCAAAGAAAGAUGAGGAUGAAAAGAAUUUAGUGUCAAAAAAAGAAAUUGUUAAAGGUGUUCUUCUUCAACAGGUUGUUCAGGCUGUUGUUGCCACGCUUUUAUUCGCGGUCACUGGAAAUGAUGGUGAAUCUGAUGGGGAUCAACAUGCUUCCAUCUUUGUUCUUGAAAGGCAGUUCUUUGUUGCCAUGGUGAUGUUAGAUACUUGGCAAUAUUUUAUGCAUCGGUACAUGCACCAAAACAAGUUCUUGUACAAGCAUAUCCAUGCUCAACAUCACCGGCUUAUUGUUCCGUAUGUAUUUGGAGCUUUGUACAACCACCCUUUAGAGGGCCUGAUUCUCGACACAGUCAGUGGGGCUUUAGCUUUCCUUGUAUCGGGCAUGUCACCACGUACCUCCAUCUUCUUUUUCUCAUUUGCUACAAUCAAGGCGGUUGAUGAUCAUUGCGGACUAUGGUUGCCCGGAAACCUCUUCCAUAUCUUCUUUAAAAACAACUCGGCUUACCAUGAUAUUCAUCACCAGCUUUACGGGACCAAGUUUAACUAUUCACAGCCCUUCUUUGUGACAUGGGAUAGGAUAUUUGGAACGUACAUGCCAUAUGAACUUGAGAAGAGACAAGAAGGAGGUUUUGAAGCUAAGCCUGUUAAAGAUUGCAAGGAGCAUUGACAAUACUGUUAGUACAUGUUUGUCAUAGAGUAUGUACCACUGCAAUUUUUGCCUUCUUCAAAUGCUUAGUUACUUAUUUAUUUUGUAUAUAGUUAAAGGUUUCUGCAUAUAUUGUUGUAUAACUGGUGUUGAUUUCGAGGUUGGAAAAGGAAUAUGAGUAAUAGUUUCCUUUUUAAACAUUGUCUCAGAUCUGAUUUCUGGUAUAUCAAACUGCAGGCAGAGAUAAAAUUUCCUAAAAUAUGUUGUGUGCCUUCACUUCUUUAGUUCAAAGACACCUGGACAUGUGUGGUGACUUUCUC